AUGGCAAAGAAAAAGAAAACACAGCUCAAGCCGGUGGUUAGGGGCUUUGCGACAACCUCUAUCCCGAAGAAGGUCGUUCAGCCAAGUGAAGAAGAACGCGCGGAGGAACCCACUACCGCUACCACAGAAGAUUCCCCUCCAGCAAAGGAUGAAGGCACACCGUCGCAGGUCGACAAAACCGAUGCGUCCACCGACAAUGCAGGCACGCCUGAGGAACAGGCCUCGCAAUCCAUGAUCGAUAAGUACCAGGACAAGACGGAGAGAGAGGUUGUGAGAACUAUCAAGGUAUUUCGGUAUUGUGCUAUCGAUGCAAUCGACCAGGAACGGCGCCUUUCCUGUUCUCAAGCCCGCUUAGAUCUGGACUCGACCUUUGUUGAUCGGAUACUUAGCCUAGCCCUAGACAGUGAAUCUAGUAGCGAUGUCAAAACAACUGUAAAUGGAACCGAAGAGAAAGCACUCGCGCGUCUGGCCAUCACGUACGGAGUCCUGAGACGCCUAGGAUUUCAAGAGGACAGGGUGGAAGAGUGCAUCCGUGCCAUCAAUGGAGUUGACCUGGAAGAGGCCGCUGACUGGCUCCAUCUACAUUGCAGUCUUGACGAACUAGGGAUGCAUCAAGACGUGGACGGCACUCGGACACCUCCCAGUGACACUGCACAGACACCUCGGACGCCAAGUCUCUCCCAGUUUUCCCUUUCAAAUGUGUCAACAACUCCAUUGGGGACCCCGACCAAGAAGGAUGCACGAAAAAUUGGCCGCCUAGACGCAAAUGCCCCGGCCUUUGUGCCUUCGGCCUUCAUGAAGGUCGCGGAGCCAGGCGUCCCCAGCUACCCUGCCUCAGGGAUCGAGACACCAUCCUCCUCGAGCGACAGGGUUGCCUCUACCGUCUCCAGUUCAGGAAGUCAUUCGCCUGUCGAUGAUCCAAAUAUAGAAUACGUUCGCGUCAAGAUGCAGAUCUCGGAAUUCACCACCCACCGACAAAUGGAUGAACAGCGUGAUGCGGCCUUUUUACAGAGCCUCAAGCGCCGUCUCGAAGACAUUAGACAAGAUUACUUGUUUGAUGCUACAGAGGCUGAAGCGCAAUUUCGCAUAGAACGUCAGAAGUCGCAUGCUCAAUUGCUACAGUCCCGGUUACGCGGCGCUACCGACAAGUCUGCUGCUGCACCGACAUCUGAACCGCCCAAGCCCUGUGUGCCUCAGAAGCCCCUACCUGUGGAAUCUGUGAACAAGUCUUCUACGCAGGAUGUGUUUGACGAAGAUGAAGAUGGAUCCUCGGAUGGUUUAUUUGCCAUGCUGGAAGAAAUGCCCGCAACAGAAGUCACGGAUGAAGGGACAACGAUCAGCGUUCGCGACAUGGCUCUCCCCAAACAUUGGUCUGGUCGAACGCCCAAAGCUUUGCUACACGAGCGGGUUCAUAAGGUCGAUCGAUUUGCAAUUGUCACUUACAGGGACAUCUCUGGGACCAGUCGCGCGAAGAGGGCUGCUCUGGAAAUACGCUGGCAAGACGGUAAGGCGGGUGCGUGGUCUAUGGACAAUGUCGCUUGCCAUGAUCAGUUCCAGGCGGAGCAGUACAUUUCUACUGUGGCGUUGCACGCCCUAUCAUUUCCCAGCUCUGAAGGCUUUGCGCUUGGCAGUACCUCCGUAACGAGUAGUCAGACCUCGUUCAGACUGUUACCCGCUAUCUACCGUGAUCUGUGGGACGAACUCGAAAAGGGACGACUUAACCAAGACGAAGCUACAAAUAGAGCUAUUUGGGCAAAGCUGAGAGCGAUAUUGGAGCCAAAACUUACUGCUUCAAAUAAGUCCAAGAACACUGGAUCGGCGCUUGACGCCAAGGCCGGGAAUGCAUUUCAGUCGGCGUACCGUAAUAGCGAUGACCUUUCGCCAGAACAAAUUAGCGCCGGGUUCCAGGCGCGUGCCUCAAGCUCAGCGUACCAAGAGAUGUUGCAACAUCGCGAACAACUCCCAAUUGCCAAGUAUCGCAAUGAGAUUAUGUCAAUAUUGGAGAUGUCUCAGAUACUCGUCCUUAGCGGUGAAACAGGAUGCGGAAAAUCUACGCAGGUGCCUGCAUUUAUUCUAGAGGAUCAACUGGCAAAGGGGAGGCAUUGCAAGAUAUACUGCACGGAGCCGCGGCGAAUUUCUGCCAUCUCCCUCGCGCAGCGAGUCUCGAGAGAGCUUGGCGAGCCUGCUGGUGCAGUCGGAACGCCUAGUUCCAUCGUUGGUUACUCGAUACGACUGGAGAGUAACAUUAAUAGCCGCACGCGAUUAGCGUAUGUGACCAACGGUAUCGCCCUGCGAAUGCUAGAAGGCGGAUCUGGUCAGGGUGGUCAAGGAACGGCUUUUGACGAGAUUACGGUCCACGAGCGAACGAUUGAGUCGGAUUUCCUCCUCAUCGUUCUCAAGUCAUUACUUCAAGAGCGUCCUGAUUUGAAGGUGGUCCUCAUGUCAGCGACAGUGGAUGCGGAGAAAAUCUCCAACUACUUUGGCGGAACCCCUAUCCUGAAGGUGCCCGGCCGAACGUUCCCUGUAGACGUCCGCUUCCUUGAGGAUGCCAUCGAGCUCACCAAGUGGAAAGUCACAGAGAACUCACCUUACGCCAGACGCGGAAAGGACAAGUUCAAUCGCGGCAAGGGACGGAUUGAAUGGUCUGAAGACGUAGCGGCAGGUGAUGACGACGAUGAAGGAGACCAGCAAGAGAAUGUGAAGUUGGAAAAGCGCUAUUCUCCGAACACUGCCUCCACUAUCAACACGCUCGAUGAGCGGCUGGUACCGUACGAUCUGAUCGUCCGCUUACUGGAACACAUAUGCUUCGAAGACCUGGCGUAUGCCAAUUAUUCUCAGGCGGUCCUGAUCUUUAUGCCAGGCAUGGGUGAAAUCCGCAAACUGAACGACCUCCUCAUGGAGCACCCUCAAUUCAAUUCAGAGGAGACAUUCAAGAUUUAUCCACUGCAUUCGAUGAUCUCCAGCGAGCAUCAAGGAGCCGUCUUCGACAUUCCUCCACCAGGUGUCCGUAAGAUUGUCAUUGCAACUAACAUCGCCGAAACUGGUAUCACGAUCCCUGACAUCACCUGCGUCAUCGACACGGGACGACAGAGGGAGAUGAGGUUUGACGAGAAACGACAGAUCAGUCGACUGGUCGAGACGUUCGUGGCCAAGAGUAACGCUGCACAGAGGCGCGGUCGUGCUGGGCGAGUCCAAUCCGGCCUGUGCUUCCAUCUGUUCACCAAGCUGCGCCAUGACACAAAGAUGGCUGCCCAUCCAGAUCCUGAGAUGAUGCGACUGAGUUUGAGUGAUCUCGCCCUGCGCAUCAAGAUCAUGAAGGUGAAGCUAGGAUCGUCCAUCGAGGACGUUCUGUCGAAGGCACUAGACCCACCUCUCGCCGUCAACAUUCAGCGAGCUGUGUCUGCCCUAGUUGAGGUCCGUGCUCUGACACCAUCCGAAGACAUCACACCCAUGGGCCGCCUCCUGAGCAAAUUACCAACGGAUGUCCAUCUCGGCAAAUUCCUACUCAUCGCCAGUCUCUUUCGCUGUCUAGAUCCAGCUUUGACGAUCGCUGCCACUCUCAAUGCGAAAUCGCCAUUUAUCUCGCCAUUAGGGCACGAGCAGGAGGCUGAUCGCGCGAAGGGGUCCUUUAGAGUCGGACUAGAAAACUCUGAUUUCCUUACUAUCCACAAUGCCUUCGCUAGCUGGCGCCAGGCGUGUGCGAACGGUAUCGGCCGGAAGUUCUGCAAGACAAAUUUCCUCAGUUAUCAGAAUCUCCAACAGAUCGAGGAAUUGCGACAACAGUUUCUGGGUUAUCUCGUUGAUUCGUCGUUCAUCCGUGUUGACAAUAGCUUUGUGCGAGAGCUUAGCAGAGCACGUUAUGGUCGCGGUAGGACGCGCUUCGUUCCCGUGCCUCCAGAGCUCGAAGUCAACACGGGAAACGCCUUCAUGCUUAACGCCGCCCUUGCAGCCGGACUCUUCCCGAAGCUCUUAUCAAUAGAUCCAACAACCGGAGACAUGAAGACUGUCAGCAACAACCAGGUGGCGUCCUUUCAUCCGUCUUCAGUGAACUUCGGCAAAAGAGCGAGAGAAUUCGGGGUAAACUACCUCAGCUAUUUCACCCUCAUGCACUCGAAGAAACUAUACGCAUGGGAAACAGGACCAGUAGACGACGUCGCCAUGUUGCUACUUUGCGGCGAAGCAGAAUUUAAGCUGAUGUCCGACAUCGUGUACGUUGACCGCAAGAUCAAGUUCCGUGUGCAGCCCAGGUCGGGAAUUGCGCUCAAGAUCCUUCGCAAUCACCUGGCAGACCUGCUGUCAACCCAAAUGCGCAUAAAGCCUCUGACCGAAUCCCAGACGCUCUGGGACGAUGUCGCGAUGAUGGUAUUGGGGAAAGUAAAACCUCGCGAGCCAGGGGAGUAUCAAGAGAACAUCACACUUGUGGUAAACAGAUCUGCGAACGUACUGGAUAUUGUAGAAGCGGAGCUGAUACGAGUCCUUCGACGCUGCGACGACCCGGAUCCAGUCACGGAGGGUGUUCUUCUUGAGGAACUUUUUGGUCAGCUGACCAGUCUUGCCAUCGACCUUGAUACGGUCGUACAAGUAUUUCUCGAAGGCCGCGCCGUCAAAGACACCGUCACCAGCCGGGCGGGAGUAGUCAAUGACGAACUUGUGCUUAGCAGCAGCGGUUUUUCCAGAGGCGACCUUCGGCUACGAAAGAAGACAAAGAGAAAGGAAACCCAGCAUGAGCCUACUGAGAAGAUAACUCAGCAAAGCGGUACUGGGGACUAA